AUGUUCCUAUGUGUUGUCGAAUAUCUUGAGCUUGAUAGCAUUGGAUUAUUGAUGGAAACUUGUUCGAGCAUUUACCAUUGCUUGCAACCUGUGAGAGAGAAUUUUCAUGAUAGAGCCUUGAAUUACUUGAUCGCCCUUAAUAAGGAUAGGAAUGCUCCUUUUGAUAUGAAAUGUUUUGAUUGGUUACUUGGAAUUGCUCGCAACCAUGUCCUUGACUUUGAAAACCUUCUUCUUUGGCUUCGCUUUUUCUCUACCUCUCUCGAAAAACUGAACAAGGAUCAUUGUCUCACUCAAACACAAACUCUCCAAGCGAUAUCCAAGCUUCUUGAUGCAUGUCCGUUUUCAUUGUAUACUAUUUUAAAGCUCUGUUCGAAAUAUGAACCAGCAAACUUUGACAUUAUUCUCAGCCAUCCACAAACCAUUCCAAUAAUUUCCAAGUUAAUUGAAUCUCAACAGUUUAUGGUCUCUAGCAAAGCUUGCUCUUACUGCUUUUUUUAUCAUUCUUGCUUAGAAUUACAUCAGAAAAAGGCAUAUCUAGAAAAUUAUCUCAAAUGGUGCUACGAUGGAAAUGAUGAGUCCUUGUUGUUGAGAAGUGUGAUUGAAGACAGCACUUUUGACAAGACAGAGUUUGCCACUGCCUUAAUCCAAUGUCUGUUCAAACAAAAGACUUGUGGCGAGGCAGAGGCUCUCCUUACAUUAUACCUCAAACAGUACUCGAAAGAGCAACGAUUAAGUCUAAUUAGAGAAGCAGGAAUUGACUUGUUCAGCGCUCUUACUAGUAACGAAGAGAUUUUCCUUUGGUACUUUCAUAGAUUUCCUGAAGAUGUACAUCAAUCCUUCGAUGAUAUCCUGACAACAAUGUUACGGAGGGGUGAUUUUCUGUUUGUUCUUACUGUCUUGGAGAAGCGUGAACAGCUUGGGAUGCAAUCAUUCAACACCUGA